UUUUCAUCUUCUUCGGUUUCUGGGGCCCAUUGUAAAGUUUAUACAGAAAGUUUUAGUCCGAUUCCUUCCGUCAUGAAUUCCCGAUUUUCUUACAUCCUAAGCAGCUCUUGAUAUGGGAAACCUACAAGUUUUCCUCUGGUAUCUAUGCAUUUUGAGUUUCUAAGGCCAUUCCCCUCGCGUUCACAUAUAUAUGGGGGAAAUGGAAAGGAAAGGAAAAGGAGACGGGAAAGUCCAGUUUCGCCUUUCGAAACUUUGGUAAUAAUGGUGAAACUUUGGGUUUUUUUUGCCUGUGUCGCCUUGAUGGGGGCUGUAGUUGGAGGGUCAGGAGUCGGUGUGAAUUGGGGAACACAGGCAACUCAUCUUUUGCCGCCGAAGAUCGUUGUUCAGUUGCUGAAAGAUAAUGGUAUUAAGAAAGUGAAGUUGUUCGAAGCGGAUCCGGAGGCUAUGAAGGCUCUAGGCAAUUCUGGCAUCCAGGUCAUGCUUGGUGUUCCCAAUGACUUCUUGGCUGCACUUGCCGGAAGCGUCCGUGUCGCAGAAAAUUGGGUGGUGAAUAAUGUGUCUCACUACGUCUCCAAGUACGGCGUGGAUGUAAGAUAUGUCGCGGUUGGGAAUGAACCCUUCUUAAAAACCUUCAACGGGACUUUCCAGCAGACCACAUUCCCUGCUCUCCAAAAUGUUCAGGCAGCACUCAUAAAGGCGGGCCUGAGCAAGCAAGUGAAAGUUACAAUUCCUCUCAAUGCUGAUGUUUACCAGUCCUCAAAUGGCCUUCCUUCAGGAGGGGAUUUCCGGCCGGACAUCCAUGACCUCAUGCUCUCAAUCAUCCAAUUCUUAAGUAACAACGGGGCUCCAUUCACCAUAAACAUAUACCCUUUCCUUAGCUUGAAUGCGGACCCAAAUUUUCCGACUGAUUUUGCUUUUUUUGAUGGCGGGUCUGUAUCAGUUGUUGAUGGCCCCAUCUCUUACACCAACGUGUUUGAUGCUAAUCAUGAUACACUGAUUUGGGCCCUGGAGAAGAAUGGGUUCCCAUCGCUCCCUGUGAUCGUUGGAGAAGUUGGGUGGCCCACAGACGGUGCUCCCUACGCAGAUUCAGAGUAUGCCAAGAAAUUCAAUCAGGGCUUCAUAUCCCGGAUCUCGAAUGGACAGGGCACGCCAAAGCGGCCGGGUGCACCGGAUGCUUACUUGUUUAGCUUGAUUGAUGAGGAUAUGAAGAGCGUCGCACCGGGCAAUUUUGAACGGCACUGGGGUCUCUUCUACUACGAUGGCUCUUUGAAGUAUUCUCUGGACCUCGGGAACGGGCAGAGCCUCGUUCCGGCAAGGGGUGUCAAGUAUCUGGCACGCCAGUGGUGCGUUCUCUCGCCCACCGCAAGUAUCAUGGACUCAAGCCUGCCGGGCGCUGUUAAUUACGCCUGCUUGAAUGCUGAUUGCACGAGUUUGGGGUACGGCUCAUCCUGUGGCGGCCUAGAUGCCAGGGGAAAUGCUUCCUAUGCGUUUAAUCGGUUCUACCAAACACAAAACCAACAGGGGGGCUCCUGUGAUUUUUCCGGCCUUUCCGUGAUCACACAGGCGGAUCCAUCGGAAGACGGCUGCCGGUUUGAUAUCAUGAUCAACGUCGGAGCACAGGAACGGAGCGGCAGCGUGUCGCUGGCUGCGAACCACAACAACAUGUCCUUGUUGGUAAUCUUGGGGAACUUGGCUUUGAUCGUGUUCUUGCUUUCAUGAAGCAGAAGCGGCAGCAGCAGCGGACUGAAUUGAAGAUAUAAAUACAGUUAUUCGGAUAUGGCUUUUGGGUGGGCGGGCACGACAGCCUUGUCCCUUCCUCGUCCGGUAGCCCCGCAGCCUAUUUAAGAUAAUAAAAAAGAGAGAGACACCACACUUGAUCCCCAGCCAGCCCAAUACUGCUGCUCGGAAUGCAUCGCCCGCUGCCUCGACGACAGGACCAGUGGUGAGUCUCUGGCGAUUUGCCAUGUACAAUAGUGUAUCAUACCUUUUCCAUGUGUCAAAAUUUGAUGGGUUCAUGGGAUUAUUUCUAGGUUUGUACUUAAUUGCGUUUGUGGUGGGGGAUGACCUACAAUUCCUUGGCAUUGUAACAUUCUCUUUCCCAAUUUGACCGACGGGACAAUUGAAUUUGUUGCAAAACCAGGUAGGAUAUUCCGUCCUCACACGCAUCAUUCUUCUUCUUUUAGAAUCCUGAUAAGGUUGCAAAAAUAAUUCGCCUUGCUUAGUCCAUAUUUUUUUGGCCUUUUGCCAAUACCGGAACCCGCUGUCAUUUUGCUGAUUGGUGUGAUGUAUCAAUCGACACAUCUCCAUCCAUACAACGUUUACUUUUAUUGAAAAAAUAGCCACUGGUUUAAAACUAAUUAGGAAACGAAAGUAGCUUAUU